CUUUGGCAGCUGCCGGGCUGCCAUUCGACGUGCCUGCCCGCCCACACAGCAGGUUUGGCAGAGCAGCUGGGUUCCUGGUCGAUGGCGCACAGCAGCAGGUCGCAAUCAACACCGCCCAAUUUUUGGCUCUGCUUUUUUUUUUCUUGGUGCCAGCAGCAACCCACCCGCUAGGCUCGCCUCCUAAACCGCACCCAAAAAGUGAUCAAAAUUCUGCCGUGCCGCCCACCACCACCAACAUAGUGCGGGACCGCCUUUUUUCCAACCCUCACCACAAGACGACGGUCAAACCGCAACCGAAAGAGCAGACGCGGGCCAAGCGCCUCCCAGCCGCCGCACGCCUUGUCUCCCUCGAUCGGUCUCUUGGCCUCGUCCCGUUGUUCUUCUUUUUUUUUCUUUUUCUUUUUCUGUGCUUCCUCGCCUUUCGGUCCUAUCCGAGGCGUUUGUGUCUUUGCUCUCUGUCCAUCCCGCCCCUCCCUCGCGCAGUCUCCCGCCCGCGGCCUCUCCGCCUCGUCCAAAGAUGGACCCGGCCACGGUUCGGAACUGCGUCCUCGCGACGCUCGACCCCGUCGCCGACAUAAGGAAGCGGGGCGAGCUCGAGCUGAAGCAGGCCGAACAACAACCAGGUUUCAUCGACUGCCUCGUCAACAUCCUCGAAGCCGACCAGGCCCCGGACGUGCGCUUGGGAACUGUCAUCUACCUCAAGAACCGGGUCAAUCGCGCGUGGUCCUCGGAGCAAAACCUCAGCAAUGAGCCCACGAUACCCGAAGACGAGAAGACGCGGUUCAAGGACCGGCUACUGCCGCUCCUGGCCGCGUCCCAAGGCACCAUCCGCCAGAACCUCGUCCCCGUCCUCCAGCGCAUUCUGCACUGGGACUACCCCGAAAAGUGGCCGGCUUUUAUGAACUACACGGUCGAACUGCUCGGGACUAACGACAAGGACAGGGUGCUGGCUGGUCUGCAGUGCCUACUCGCCAUCUGCCGCGCCUACCGCUUCAAACCUAACGAUGUUGAGAACCAGGCGCGCUUGCGGGACAUUGUCGAAGCCAGCUUUCCGCGCUUGCUUGAGAUCUGCAGGGAGCUUGUUGUCCAGGAGAGCGACGACGCGGGCGAGAUGCUGCACAUUGCGCUCAAGGCGUACAAGCACGCAACCUUUCUCGAUCUCCCCGGGAGCCUUAUGAACCAGGAUGUCAAUAUGUCCUGGUGCGACAUCUUCCUGCGGACCGCCGCAAGGGGCGUUCCUGCUACGGCCAUGGUCGAUGACGGCCCGGAGCGGGAGAAGCAUCACUGGUGGAAGGCCAAAAAGUGGGCCUUGUACAACCUGAACCGCCUGUAUCAAAGACACGGGAACCCUGAGGCUUUCAGCAAAGAGGCCAAAAACCAGAUCAAAUUCGCUCAGGAAUUCUCGGCUACGAUUGCGCCGGCGAUUCUCAAGCACUACCUGGCCGAGAUCGAGAAGUGGGUUGCCAAGACAGCAUGGCUGAGCAGGCCUUGCCUUUCGUAUAUUAUCGUCUUCCUGGACGAGUGCGUGAAGCCCAAGGAGAUGUGGACUCACCUGAAGCCGGAUCUGAACAAUCUGAUUCAGCACUUCAUCUUCCCAGUCCUGUGUCUGUCCGAGGAUGAUGUCCUCAACUUUGAGGACCAGCCCGAGGAGUACCUCCACAGGAAACUCAACUUCUACGAGGAGGUCUCGUCCCCGGACGUCUCAGCCACCAACUUCUUGGUCAACCUGACCAAGCACCGGCGGAAACAGACGUUUGAGGUGCUCACGUUUAUCAACAAUGUCGUCAACGAGUACGAGCAGGCACCCGAGGGAAAUAAAAACCACAUCGCCAAGGAGGGUGCCUUGCGCAUGAUUGGUACCCUGGCGCCCGUUCUUCUGAGCAAGAAGAGCCCCAUUGCGGACCAGGUCGAGUACUUCAUCGUUCGAUACGUGUUCCCGGACUUCACCAGCACCGAGGGUUUCCUGCGUGCGCGAGCUUGCGAUACUAUCGAGAAGUUUGAGCAGCUCAACUUCAAGGACCAGAACAACCUCCUGACCAUCUACCGACACAUACUCGAGUGCAUGGCCGAUCCGGCCCUGCCCGUCCGUGUGACGGCUGCGCUUGCACUGCAGCCCCUCAUCAGGCACGACAUCAUCAGGAGGAGUAUGCAGACGAACAUCCCGACAAUCAUGCAGCAACUUCUCAAGUUGGCCAACGAGGCCGAUAUCGACGCCCUCGCCAACGUCAUGGAGGACUUUGUCGAGGUGUUCGCCAAGGAGCUGACGCCCUUUGCCGUUGCCCUCAGUCAGCAGCUUCGGGACACGUACCUGCGCAUCGUGCGCGAGCUGCUGGAGAAGAACGGGGGACGCGAUGACGCGGACGACUACAACGACUUCCUCGACGACAAGAGCAUUACAGCUCUCGGCGUCCUGCAGACCAUCGGUACCCUGAUCCUCACCCUCGAGAGCACACCCGAGGUUCUGCAAGCUAUCGAGGCCAUUCUCAUGCCUGUGAUCGAGAUCACUCUGGAGAACAAGCUUUACGACCUCUAUAACGAAGUGUUCGAGAUCAUCGACAGCUGCACAUUCGCCGCAAAGGCCAUCUCCCCCAUCAUGUGGAAGGCCUUUGAGCACAUCCAUAGGACGUUCAAGUCGGGGGCCGAGCUUUACCUCGAGGACAUGCUGCCUGCUCUCGACAACUUUGUGCAAUACGGCGCGCCGCAUCUGGUGCAGUCCCCAGAGUACACGCACGCGCUAUUCGACAUGGUUAAGGUCAUGUUCGAGGACUCCAAGGUCGGUAAUGUCGACAGGAUCUGCGCAUGCAAACUGGCCGAGGCCAUGAUGCUUAGCCUCCGCGGCCACAUCGACAACUACAUCGAGGGCUUCAUCACCAUGGCCAUGAACAUCAUCAUGACGCAGGAUCUCAAGAAUAAGUCUGUUAAGAUCCACCUGAUGGAAAUGGUGAUCAACGCCAUCUACUACCACCCGACGCUCGCGCUGCAGAUCCUUGAGGCCAAGGGAUGGACCAAUAAGUUUUUCAGCCUGUGGUUCAGCAGCAUGGAGAACUUCUCGCGAGUGCAUGAUAAGAAGCUCUGCAUUGUUGCUAUCGUGGCGCUUUUGGGCAUCAACCCGGACCAGAUUCCCCCGAGCGUAUCCAUAGGCUGGCCUCGACUCCUGCAGGGCAUCACUAUCCUCUUCCGAACCCUUCCGAACGCCGAGAAGAACCGCGCAGAAGCUCUGAAGGACGACUACACGCUCGACGCCGGCACAUACGACUACGAGGAGGAGGAUGAGUGGGACGAGGAUGAGGCCAACUGGAACGCUGACGAGACGGCUGAGGAGGAGCAGCCCGAAGUCAAGGACGAGAGCACCGCGUACCUUCAGUUCCUGGACGAAGAGGCGCAAAAGUUUGGCAGCUUACCAGAGGGACACGAGUCCGAUGACGAACUGGGCGAGCAUUCUCUCCUCCUGGAGACGCCUCUGGAAAAGCUCGAGCCCUAUCAGAUUUUCAGGACAGCACUAUUGAGGCUGCAACAAGAGCAGCCGCAAUUCUACUCAAGCCUGGCGGGACACCUAUCGCCGGAAGAGCAGAACCUGGUUCAGGGAGUGGUGAACCAGGCCGAGGCUCUGAUUCUUGUCCAGCAGCAACAGCAGCAGCAGGCCUUGGCGCAGGCAGCCUCAAAUGGCGGUGCUAGCUGACAGACAGUCUGCCAGGCGCUUUGUUGGUUUCUCCCCUUUGCUCCCCCCUACCUCUCUCCCGGCUCUACAUCGAUACCCUGUCAUGUUUAUCGCCAAGCCGGGAUCUUGGUCGUGGUCCGCACAAGUGGGUGGCACGCUCCAUGAUAGGCACGGAUGGGAGGUGUUUAAACACUGUUAGGGAGAGAGGUAGGAGGCGCGAGCUGGGUCGUAGGAGAAAUGUUACGGAUGUCACGAAACAGUAGGUUCUAGCUUUGGGAUUUGGCAAUGGGAUUGGCUUAUCAAUGAUUCCCACAGAUAAUACGCUGCAGUUGCAGGUGGAUAUGAUUCGCAUGUGGAGAAGAACCUUUUAUGUUGCGAUGGCUUCGGAAACGCUCAUGGAUGGAUACGCCGAGGGAUUUUUGCUGUCUGGUAUUGUACGGCAUUGACUGCCGGCUGCUGUCUGUGGCCUCGACAGAUAUUGUGAUGGUGACGAGGAGCCGCGGUUAUUGUGGCCAUGUGGGGGAGCGAAGCCUGAGCCGCGGGAUGACGUACCGAGUUGGAGCUAAAUAGGUAAGCGGCAUGGCGCGCAGUGAGUGUUGGUCUGCUGCGAUAAAAAUUGGAUCUGUACCUGGUACUCUUGGAUGGG